ACUCUAAAAGGGUGGGAUAUAUAGAUCCUAUACAUGGGCCUCUAUACAUAGGCUCACAUAUACACCAACAUGUAGGAGUAGGAUCAUCCCUCUGGCUCAUCAGGUUUUGUUUCAAAGGAAGACGGCAUGAAUUUUGAAACGUAACUAGUCAAUUUUUUUUUUUCUGUAAAAGGGUUCGGCUAAAAUUAAAGGUGUUUCAUUGAGGAAGUAGAAUAGGGAGAUGACUGAUGUCAUUGAGCGGUUCUAUGUUUCAGGUACUAGAUAUGCUUAAUCUGAUCACUGGACGGCAGAUGAAACUAGGUUCAUAUUUGCUUUGCCCAUAGGGAGGAAUGUGCUUGCAUUUACUUCAUUUCUCUAUUAUGACGAACUGAGUGAGGGAGUUCAUGUCUCUCUACUGUGCUACUUCAUUUGUUCUGUUUCUAUUUCCUUAAUAUUCUUAACUUCGUUAGGCUGCUCCUAUUGAGAUUGUUGGAUUGUUCUUCAUGUUUGGUGUUUGUCUAUUUAAAAAAAUUCGAACUCUUUGCGCUGAGAUGCUUGUUUUUUGUCCAUUUAUGUAUCAAAGGGUUGGUUGAAAAUAGUAGCGGAUCCGUAUGUUUGCAGGAUGUAGUACAUUUUCUUGUAAAAAUAAAAUAAAUGCUCUCUAAUGCUGUAGAGUUCGAAAGUUCAUUGGACUCUUUAAGUAAUUUGAUAAAAUCAACGCUUCCAGUUAAAGCCGGUGAGUUAUUGUCAUUGGGUCAGUUCAUAUAAACAUGCACUUAUGCUGAUCAUUAAGUUCUUCUGUCAAUGAUCAAGAAUUUGUGAAAUUUAUUCAUAUGCAAAUUUAUCAAUAAAGAAAAAUUAAUGAAAUAAUAGGGGAACUACAAAUUUGAGGUGUGUUAGUUUCUAAGUUAGAAACUUCUAUAUAGGGGUCUGAUUAACCACUCGUUUCUGCAAGGUAACAAUCAUGUGUACAUAUACAAAGCAGAGGGUUUGAUUGAGUGUUUCAUGGUAGAUGAGCAACUAAGAUCACAUGUUAGGAAAGUCAUGAGUGAUAAAUAGGUUCUUUCUAAAAUUCUAUCUGAAACAUACACGUAUUUUAUUGCAUAUUUUUUUGACAUAAAAUAUUUUAUUGCAUAUCGUAGUUUUCCAUAUAGUAUCACGUUUGUUUUCUGUCACCCCUUUUUACCUGAAUAUGAGCAACUCAUUUUGAAGUUUCUGACCUUUUUCCGAUGGCUGCAAAAUUAUUUUUGGUUGUAACCAUCUCAUUAAUUUCCUUGUGAGAAAUAACUGGUACCUUCUUUCAGUUUCAGCUGCCUUCCUCGCUGGAUAUCCAGGGAGAGGCAAGGUGGCCAAAUUUGGCUUCCCUUUUCCCUGUCUUUUUUUAUAUAUAUAAAAAGCCCAACAAUAUGCAGAAAGGUCUCAUCCAUAACUAACAUUGUAAUCUUCUGCAAUUACCAUUUUACCCCUUGCUGCACUAUACAGGGCCUUUUCUCUGAUGCACAUGCUGACAUCUGUUUGCUUCUAGACAUGCUCCAAGAAUCGGUUUCUCUUUUUGCCUUUCCUUAAAUACGUCCACAUCAUUGCCUCUGAUCCUUUGUCAUCUGCAACUGCAAGAUAUAGCAGAGGGCACACUACACAGGAGCACCAAUGGAUCAGGGGAUGGAACUGAGGGGAUGCGUUUGUCGGAUCAAGAGCUCCGCACUUGAGAUUCUGUCCAUGGAAGAGGAUCUGGUGACUGAUCUGGAUGAUGAUCUGUGGGAUUUGAUCAGGAGGGAUCUCCAGCUCAAAGCCACCUUCCUGUACAUUGACCUGAGCUGUGUGAUCACCCAUAACGAGUGCGAGGAGCGCAGGGAGGAGAUUACCCUUCUCGCCAACAAUUUCUUCUACUUCAUGGAUGAGCUGGGUGACGCCGUGGCGAGCCAGAGCGUCUCGGUCGUGAAGGUGUGCUACGGCAACGCGGCUUGCUCGCUCCGCGAGCUGGUCGCCGCCGUUGCGCCGAUGGCAGCAGCCUGAUGGGCUCACACCAUCACAUCGCCUGUCGUGAAGCACAAAAAGGAGGGAGAGGCGGUGCGUGAAAAAACUGUUGCAGAAAAGAGGUCGAGAUGUACAUCAGUGUAUGAAAUGUGGGCACUGCUACAUCGCCAGUGCAUAUUCAUGGUGAGCGAGGUGAAUGAAGCGAAGCUAGAAAAAGAUCAUGUGGGUUGUCCCAUGUUCGGCAUCGUUUUACUCCUGAAUCUCAUUCUGUUCGAUCGAUGAUAAACGCUUCAGAAAGCAUCUCCAAACAUUUGGCAAGAACAGCCGAAGUAGGCUUACAGCAUUGUCUCUAUGUACACUUGGUUGGAAUUGUGAUAAACUCUUCCAGUUUGUAAGAGACACCCAGCACAUACAGUCAUACAGAAGGUCAGAUGUUGCAGUUUAGAGAGCCAGGCUUGCAUAUGAAUUAUAGUA